UGUCUGUGUCUUUCUUUGGUUUUUAAGGCAAAAUGGGAGCACUUGAUUAUCUCUCCAACUUUUGCACUGUGACCUCCAUAAGAAGAAGCAAGCGCAAACCAAUGCAGACAGUAGAAAUCAAAGUGAAAAUGGACUGUGAUGGCUGCGAAAGAAGAGUGAAGCAUGCAGUCACCUCCAUGAAAGGUGUGAAAACAGUGGAGGUGAUCAGGAAACAAAGCAGGGUGAAAGUGAGUGGAUAUGUGGAUCCAAACAAGGUGUUGAAGAGGGUGAAGAGUAGAACAGGAAAGAGAGCAGAAUUCUGGCCUUACAUCCCUCAACAUUUAGUCUACUAUCCUUAUGUUGCUGGUGUUUAUGACAAGAGGGCACCCUCCGGCUAUGUCCGGAACGUCGUCCAAGCUUUUCCGGCGACAUCAUCGUCAAGUACUGGUCCUGAGGAGGAGAGAAUUGUAUCACUCUUUAGUGAUGACAAUGUCCAUGCUUGUUCAAUCAUGUAAUUCAACCAACUAGUCUUUCAAAUGUGUGAAAGUUGAGUAGUUAACUACAUACAUAUAUCAUAUAUGUAUGUAGGAGAGUACUGAUUUUUAAUUGCCAGGACCUCCUUCACUACAAUGGAUAUGUAUGAAAGUAGUAUUUCUUCAAUAUAAAAGAGA